AUGUCAUCAAAUCCGCCACCUACGGAAAAUAUUGCCAAGGCGUCCAGAGUCAGCGUCACCCCAGUGCCAACACAGAACUCGAGUCAGAUUAGCGAUGAGCCUGAGAAGACCACCAAACAUUACUCAAACGACGAGGGAACUGAGACUUCCGUCAAGGACUACCAGAUAUUCAUCACCAUUAUGCUUACAAUAUCCAUCUUCGGCGCAUCCACAUUUGCCAUCAUUGCCGGCCAAAUGGAGGACCCAGCAGAACUUUGGAAGCCAAAGCAGCCACCAUUCACCUUGCCUACACUAUUGCGGGCUACAGCUCGAGUCUGCUCACCAUUCUACGUCAGCAAGCUCAAGAGGCCGAUGAUAAGUCCUGGCAUCGAAACUGGGAUAAGAUUGGAAUAG